AUGGGCCACGCUGGGGAAGCCAGCCUAGGGCCGGCCUGGGCCUGGUCAACCAAUUGGAUAAGAAGCAAGCGGCCAGGGAUAGCGAUCCCCUGCCAGCAUCCAUCCCCAAUCCCCACGACCGACGCGGGCGGCGACUGCCAUGGUCGAUCGGCCGUUUCUCCGGCAACUCGUGGAGAGACCACGACCCGGGCGAAGCGCUGCCGAGCCUCGCGUUGGAGGCCGGAGAAGGUUGCGCCAGAGGACUCCGGGGAGGGCGUGCCGGCCCGAUUGGGCACAGGCGAAGACGCCCACGGCCGGUCGGCCGCACCACCGGCGGCAAGAGGAUCUCCCGCCCCGCUCGUCCUCGGAGUAGGAGUCACCGGGGAGGUGGGUGCCGGAUACGACGCCGUUGGAAGCGCCAUUCGCGAGCCCGAGCGCCGCUGGGCUCCAUGUGUCAGCGCCGGGGCCGGGUCGCCUCUGCGCCCGUGGGGGCAAGGCCGAUGGUCGAGCAUGGGGUGUGCCAGGAGGAGCAGCGCCGGGGCCAGGACACCGUUGCGCCAGAUGCCCGUCGCUCGUGCGCCGGAUCACGCGGCCGAGGGCAGUCUCCCACCAUUGGACGCCGAUGAGGCGCCUUGCCGAUGGGGCCCGAGGGUUCGACUGCCGCCGUUCUUCGCGACGAGACUGUCCCUCAUAGAGGAAACAAAGGUAUUUAUACAGGCAGAAGGGAUGCAUCAAAGAGGCAUCCGUUCUGGAGAGAUGUCAGGAACCGACCCCACAGUUGCCAACGCAAACUGGCUGCGGUUGGUACAAGGGGAGAUUCCCCCAUAA